CUCCUCGUACUGGCAUCAAAUGUGUAUUGUGUUUUUUCGCAUUCGUGGUUUUCUUCAAUUGCCUCCUCGUUUGAUAUUUCGUUUGGAUAUCAUCCCCACUAGAAAGGUGAAGUGAACAAAGGGACUGUCACCUCUGCACUAUUUCACGAUCCGGCGAUAUGAAGAAGAUGGCGUUAUUUUCGCUAUCGCUGCUGGUGUUAAUUCUGGGAGUGUCAGCUAAUCAGCGAUCGAAGAUCUUCAAGUCAGGACACCAGCGGAUUUUAUCGGAAAAGCAAACAAACAAAACUGACAUCAACCUAUGCGAUAUCAAAGGAAACUCCGAACAGAUACACUGUGCCUGUUCUGAAGGAUGGUCUUCUACUUUCAACAGAACGAGAGCUGAGUGUUGGAUCUUUUCAGAAAUCCCAAAGGACAACAAUAUAUGGCAUUUGUUCUCCACUCAACCAUGGCUUAAAUCCUUGAAGAUCAUGAUACGACCAGAUGUGAAGUUCUUCGAUCUACCAAAAAUAAUAUUCACUUACCUAACGAAACUGGAGUACGUUUCUAUAAUCUAUGGAGUCAUAGAAGAGCUUCCAGCUUAUGCUUUCUCAGAGUCUGUAACCCUUGGAGAAGUGGACCUCACAAGUAACCACAUAAAGAGACUGUCAUCUCACUGCUUCUACAACAUGCCAAAUUUGACAGUUCUCCAGUUGGAAGAUAAUAAUAUUGAAGAGUUAUACAAGGAGAUUUUCAUGAAGCUGCCUUCAUUGACUAGACUUGUUCUGAGCAGAAACAACAUUUCGGUGAUACAAGACGGUACUUUCGCUUAUUUGACGCAGUUGGAAGAACUUUUUUUGGACAACAAUCGGUUGAGGGCUUUGAAUAGGAUGAUGUUUAUGGAACUUGGUCGUUUGAAGAUGCUGAUGCUGAGCAGUAAUAAGAUCCGAAGCAUCGAUGAUUUAACUUUCGAGCAGCUGUGGGAAGUUGUGGUCCUCGAUCUGGAUCAGAACGAGCUGAGAUUCCUAUCAGAACGCGCCUUCUCCGGACUCAACAGCCUAGAGGAACUGAUUCUCAGCAAUAACAUGUUGACUGUUCUUCCCCAUGGCCUCUUCGCUGACAAUACCAGAAUGAGGUAUCUGAAUUUGAGGAAUAACGAACUCAAGACCCUAUCCUACAAUACUUUUCAACCUGUGCUCACCAACAUCGUGAAACAUGCUAGUGGGGAUUUGAUUGUUGCAGAUAACAAGGUUGUGUGCGACUGUCACAUCAAUUGGGUGAUGGGACUGUACAACGAAACUCAAUCGGAAAUGAUAAGGAACAUCCUCCAAGGAUUUGCUUGCACAAUGCCUGUUAAGACUCUCUCGCAAACCUCUACAAUACCUACCCUUGGAUCGUACGUCGAUGAUGCUACAACGGACAGAAUUUCAGGUGUCAGGCUCCUACUGAAGAAAACCCGUCACCGUGGCCAAAGGAACAUAACCAUCAUCAACAGUCCGGAAAAGUUCGAGUGCCCAAAGGAGGUACACCAGCUGGAAAUAGAAGGUCAAAUGGUUCGAUCUGUAGCAUGCCCAUCUUCAUACUCUCAAAUCUCCGUCAAAUAUCACAUCCCUAUAUAUGUCAUUAUAUUAUCGAUGGAACUUUUCUCGAAGUAGAGAAGUUUUAAUGAUGCACUUUCAGGGGACGUGAUCUGAACUCACUUCAUUAUUCUUCGCACGGAAAACUAUUGGAGAAUAAUAACACACUGCAUACCAAAGAGCAAUAUAUAUUCGAAAUAACCAUCGACGAAUUCGAAGUUACGGAGUGAUAGUAGUUUUCACGCCUCUGUUAGUGUAUCGAUAUUCAAUAUGGCUGUGUUUUAGAUAGAGGAUUGUUUGAAUCUCGAACUGGGUAGCUGGAACGUCCAAUUUACCAAGUCAUAAUUUUUUUACGUGAUUCUCAAAUUAGAUGGGGUUCAGUCAUGAAUCGGAACUGAAGCAAUUUAUGAAAAAAAAAAUCGUUUGAAUUAUUUCGAUGAUCGAUCUCAAUUAAAAACACGUUAUCGAAAGUUAAUUUGAAUUGAAAAUGUGUUGGGGAUGAUGGAUUUCAGGGCCAUAGUUAGGGGGGUAGGCAGGGUAGACGGCCAACAAAAUUAUACUAACUGACAAAGAAACUGCAACACCCAGAAGGAGUUGUUUAAAUUUAAAAUUUUUGUUGGUAAAACGUAGAUAAUAUAGCAAGG